GCAGUAACAUGUCCAGAGAAAUGUGAUUGCUAUCUGACAACAGUUAACUGCAAGGGAAGGAACUUAACCUCAAUUCCUAAAGAUAUUCCCAUUUCAACUAAAAUUUUGUAUUUGGGAUUCAAUCUCUUAACAAGCAUAGAAGAUAAAUCUUUUGAGAAAUUAACAAAUUUGACUGAAUUAUACUUAAAUAAUAAUCACAUAUGCAAAGUUGCUAAUGGGGCUUUUUAUGGUUUAUCAUCUUUGAAGAUACUAUCAUUUACUACAAACAAGUUGACAAGUUUGUCAGCAAAGGUGCUAGAAGAUGUCAGCCUUUUGAAAGAGCUGUUCUUGACAAAUAAUGAUUUGGUUGAAAUUCCAAACUUUGCUUCUGUUACUAUGAAAGGACUUGUCCAGUUAAACUUGAACAAUAACAAACUA